AAAAAUACCGUCGCCAUAUUGGAAUUGUCAAAAAGUUCGGGAUACAUAGUGCCGAUGAAAAAAUGGUUUUUCAUGAAAUAACAUCCAAAUUUUCACUGUUCAAGUGAUCAAAUACGUUUAAGAUAGACUCUAGAUGUUUCGUUCGACAAACCCGUUGCGUUAUUCGUUUUCCAAAUGAUGUUUUCAAUGGAGAAAUGCACGGUGCUCGGUGGUAGGGGUACUUCGGAAGACUCCGAGCUUUUUGCCGGCGGGGGCGAAGGCCUGGGUAAAGAGGGUGUGUCAGACGAGGUAGCCUCUGCUGUGGCGGCUGUGUCGGACGAGAUUGGGGAUAUAUUGAAGGACGAAUUGGGUGAUGCGGACAGAGUAGAUAGAAUUGGAGCAGAACUGGCAGAUCUCAGCGCUGAAUUGGAUCUGCUGGUUGAGCUAGCCGACGGCGAGGAGCAGCAGGACUUCCCAUCGCUCUUCGAUAUCGCGAUGGGUCAUCGCGGGUCCGGUUCAGGUUCCUCGUCGUCGUCAUGGUCAGGGCCAGCUCGCCGCCGCCCACGCCCGCAGAGGGUACCGAGGCGCCGCCCCAUCACCAAAGGAAAGGAGCAGAUGUCGCGGCGGCGCGGUGCGGCAACCCGCCGCGCGUCCGUGCGGGCGCGGCGGGCCGAGCCGCCGUCGGACGCGUCCGACGUGGGCGCCGACUCCGACUCGGACGACCAGUGGACCGAGCUCGACGACGCAUCUGGCUCGUCUGAUAGUUCAUCGUUGAAGAACGCUCCCGGAGUGGACAUAGACUGCAACGGGUACCAAGAUAAAGAGGCGCAGGCGGAGGCGCCAGCGAUGGGCCAGUUCCUGCUGCCGCUCCUGAGCGCGGAUCCAGCCACCCCUGAAGCUGAGCACUUCCUUAUCCGCCACGAGGAUAUACUGCAGCUACUCGCGUCCACAGAAGAGGGCAUUCACGAGAUCUCUCUGGAGGACGACAGCGCGGCAGAGCCUCAGCCCGAUACAAGUGAGGAGCGAGAGGCCGGGGAGGGCGAGGAGGCGGUCACGCCCGAGGAGGAGGCCGCUUUGUUGCACUAUGUCUGCGAGGCGGAGCGUGCGGCGGCCGAUGCUGGUGCUGGUGGUGGUGGUGGCGGGCGGUCGAUGCAGUGGACGCCGGUGGCGGAGUGGCUGCUGGGCGCCUACCGCUCGUGGUGCGAACUCAGCGCGUUGCUCGGCGCCCUCGUCGACACGCACAUCAGCGCGGAGGCGCGUGGACGCGCGUGCGUGUCGCGCGUGCGGCUGGGCUGCCACUGCCGCCUGUGCGUGUGCCUGGCCGCCAACGCACAGCCGCUGGCCGCGCUCCUCGCACGCCUCGUCUGGGCGCUCGCGCACGGUGGCAGCACUGCGGCCGCAGCUGGUUUAGUUCGGGCGCUACAGUUGUCUGCGGCCGCGCAGCCUGCGCUUUCAGCACAGCCCGAGCAGUGGGACCUGGCGCGUCUACGGCGGCUGCAGCUCGGGGACCACGGUGCAGCAAUAUUGCACGAGCAAUUGGAACUAUUGGCGCAGGAGAGCGAUAUCACAAAACAAAUCGUGCACAACGUCUGCCUCUGUCGACAGUUCGAACGGCCGCUGGAGAAAGAAUAUGCACUAGAGAGGUUUUGCAAGAUUUUAGAGAGUUUCAAGGCUGCGUCCACCAUGACGUUUAAGGUGGAGACGGUGCCGGCGGAGGGCGGCGCGGCCAGGCGGCGCGUGGCGGCGCCGCGCUGCAGCACCGCGCGCCGCCUGCGGCACGUGGCCGCGCGCACCGCCCCCGCCCACUUGAGCGCGUGGGCGGGCUACAUCCACCGCUGCUCGUGCCGCACUCCGCGGACCCUGUGUGCUCAGCAACGACGCCAUCUGCUCAGGUUGUUUUAUUCUAGAAUAUCAUUCUUCGGUAUCAUGCAAGCGGUGAACGAGUUCAGUGUGUCCAAACAGGAAACCGAACCUGUCACAGACAAUGACAAGGCACCGAACGACGUGAAGCUAGAAGCGGAAGGUCACGAGUUGCAGCAGGGAGACGGUACCGGGGCCAAGCCGCCAGAUUCGAUGUCAAGAGAGGUGGAAGCGGAAGCGGAAGCGAGCGUUGUAGCGGAAGCGGAAGCGGAAGUGGAAACUGGCGCGGAGGGCGGUGAACACAGCGAUUCGAACUUCCACGCCGACUUCGACGACUUGAGCUCGUGGGAGGCGCGGUCGGGGCGGGCGUCGCUGGCGCCGUCGUGGUCGUCGUCGCUGGACUCGGCGUCGGAGCUGCUGCUGGCGGCGGCGGCGGCCGUGGAGGCGCGCGGCGCGGACGGCGCGGUUGGCGCGGCCGGCGCGGCCGGCGCGGCCGGCGCGGCGCCGCGCGCGCUGUGCCGCACGGUGCGCCGCCUCACGCGCUCCAUCGCCGCCGUCGAGCGCCUCAUGGACCGCGUGCUGCGCCACUGCGGCCGCUGGCCCGGCGUCGACACCGACACCGCCGCCGCCGCCGCCGCCGCCGCCGCCCAGGCAGACGACACCGACCACCAGGACAGGAAAAGCGUUGACAUGGGCCUCUCGGAGGUGGACCGGAAACUGAUGGCCAUGUACCGCCGGUUACCGGAAGUGCACCGCCGACAGCUGCAGGUCUACAGGAAACAGAAGAAACUGUCCACGGUGUGCAUGCAGCUGGUGGGCGGGCGCGCGCCGCUGCCGCCGCCGCCGCCGCCGCCCGGCUCGCCGCCGCCGCCGCCCGCCGCCGCCGCCGCCGCCGCCGCCGCGCACCGCCCGUGCCGCCCGUGCCGCGCGCUCUGCCCCGAGUACCACCUCAGGCGGUUCAAGGAGGUACGUCGUAAAGUGAUGCAUAUGAGGGAUCAGCAGUUAUACUACCAUCGACUGAGGAUGUGGCUCGAAGAGCAACUUCGACAGGAACAGGACAGCUUACCAGAAAAUAACAUAACGGUAGUGGAAGACUUGCCACAUCGCAAAAAGCGCACCGCAAGCCCGAAACUAGCGCGUCUCACCACCGCCGCGAAACGGAAACUAAAAACACCCUUGCCGCUCUCAAAAUCCCACAAACUGUUGCAAAUGUUAAAACACGACUCUGGCUGUUGUAAAUCCAUUGAUCUGAAAGAUGAUGUAGAGAAAUCCGAAGCGGAACCCCCCGAGGCGUUUCCCCUAGAAAGAGAGGACAAUAUAAGCGACACAGAAACGAUAGUAGGCGAAAGAGAGACAGAACUGUGCAAAGAUAUGAAAGAGUGUCUCGCCAAAUUUGCAAAUUUCGCUCUAACGAACGAUCAGGAAACUGAAACUAAGUAUCCUGAAUCUGUCAGUCCUCCCCUUCAAGAGACAUCACCAACAAAUUCGGAACCGUUACCAGUGUAUACUCCGAAACCGAGUCAAAGAUUGUUAACAGUCAACAAAUUCCUACAACGCAACGAUUUUAAAACUGAAAACAUAGAUUUCCAAUCGCAAAUAGCCCCUGAAAUCAACGUACCGUUAAACGCUAGGCGAACUCCUGUAUUGGUUAAAGAAGAGAAUGAAAAAGACAUAAAAAUAGAGAAUCAAACAAUUGAUAAUAAGGAUCCAAAUAUUUAUAAGUAUGUUACAUUUGGACUCGAAAUCAAGAAAGCCAUGGAGGAAUGCCAAAAUAUUAUAAAUUCUUAUAAUAGUAUUAAUAAAGAUAAAGAGAAAGACGAGAACUCAUUGUCCUUAGAGCAAAUAUGCGAAGUAAUGAUGAAUUUAGACAAGAAUUCAGCAGAGUUUCUAGAGAAAAUUGACACAGAUGAACCUAUAGAUAUCAACGUGGCUAAUACAAAAUUAGCCGAGUUUGUAGAAAACAUGCCACAAAUACUAGCGAAUAUGCCGGAAAUUGCCACCAAGUUGACUGAAUUUGCUAACGCCUCCUUCGAACUGCCAGAGUUUGCGUCUAUAAUGAGCUCACUGCCCGAUGUAAAUAACGAAGCUCAAUUAACUCCGGAGACUUUAAAACAAAUAAGGGAACUGAAAUUGAAUAAGAAUAGGGAUAGUAUUAAAGUAACUAAAAAUACAGCAAAAAGAAAAACCAAUAGACGGAAAAAUGACGAAUUUAUAGGCACGAUGACUUUUGAAUUGGACACUCAAGACAUUACGGAAUUGUUGAAAGACGAAAAAGAUUUACAGAAUUUAAUGAAAAAUAAAACUAAUAAUAAAGAAGACUUCAAUGAUCUGUUAUUCUCUAUAUCUGCUCAAGUUGUUAUUAAUAAGGUAUUUGAAUAUUUAAAACAGAACAAGAGUCCUGUUUUAGCGAAAUGUCUAGAAGAAGACGGUGAUAUUUUCUCAUUACCCAAAAAUAGUAUAAAUUCGGAAAUGUACUCGAAAGCUUCCUCGUUGUUUGACAAUUCAGUGAAAGAUGCUUUAAGUAUGGACGAGCUGAGGGACUUAGUCAGAUCUAGAUUCGAUUCUUGGAAGCAUUACGUAGCUACGAAGUUCAAGAGUAUACCGGUUGAGUUACUUGAGAACGAAAUAGAAGCCAUGUUAGAUAAAUUUUAUAGUUACAUCCAAGAUUUAGCUGGUAAACAAUGUUGUAACGAAACAGAUAAAAUCAUAGAGAAAAUUGAUGAGUUAAGAAAAAAUAAAGAUUUAAAAGACUCCGAUAGUGAGAACAGUGCUUCUAAAGAAUCCUUACAACAAAUCACAAAAAUAUUAAGCACGUCAGCGGGGAACACUUUCGAUUUACUUAUAAUGAAAUUAUCCAAGAUGUCGCAUGAUAAAAAGACAACGGUGAAAGGGCUUAAAUUUGAAUACGUAGAUGUAAUAAAACGGUGUUCUGAAUCGCAACAGCUAGCCGGCUGGAUACUGCUAGAUCCCGAAAUAGCUGCGAAUGUUAUACAAGAACUUACAGGGUUGCCUGUAAAAAAGACUGAAAAUCUACCAGACUUCGGUACUUUAUCUUAUGAAAAGAAAAAAGACUAUUUCGUUGAGAGGUUAAGGGAGAUGAAUAGGUUAUACAUGGAGACGUUACCUAAGAAAGUUUUGACAGGUGACGAGUGGUUAGUUAUGCUUUAUAGGUUAGAACAACUCGAGGAGAAAUUGAAAGAAGCCUUUUCCAAAUUGACACCACCAACCAAAUGUGUUCAGAAUCAAACGAACGCCAGCGAAGGCGAGAUAUUGGCCGCUAAGGGCCUCAGUAAGAUAAUAGGGAAAUCUAAUACUAGAGUAGUGAAGAAGCCGGAAUCGAAGCCGGUUAAAAAGGACGAGAAGGAGAAAGAGAAAGAGGAAGAGGAUAAGAAGUCGAAGAACGAAGCGUUGCUGGCGAAAUGCGAGGCGAUACUAACGUCUAAAGGCGAGAAGUCCUUACUAGAUAGUUUUUACACCAUCAAAUCUUAUAUAACGCAAGGCAUACCCGUGCCGGAGACAUAUAAAAAGCACGUCAUAUCGAUAUGUUCAAGUAUUGACGCGAAAUUUCUAGACGAAGACAUAGAAGAGACUUUGAAAGUGGAAGAGAGUGACAGUAAAGAGAAGGAGAAGGAGAAACUGUCAGUGAUAGGUUCACAGAAUCCAGAAUUGUUAGCUAAAUAUUCGGCUCAAGCGUUGAGAAACGCGAAGCAGACAUUAAACGCUGUAGCUUUUAAGAAUAUGGUCAAAAAUGGACAGAGUAAGUCGGAGAGUGACGCCUGUGAUACGCCAAAGUCUGACUGCAAAUGGACCAACGAUUGUGUGUGUAGUUCGUGCAAGGACGCGGAUUCGAACUCGGUGUGUCUAGGGGAUAUAGUGAAGCAGUGUUACGAUAUGAAGGGCAAGAGUGGAUUAGAAGAGAAGAAGAAGGAAGUGAAACCUAAGCCGGCGACGAAGCAAGCGAAGCCGCAGGCCAAGUGCGAGAGCACGACUCAUCAGCAACAUGUGUGCAAAGUGGGCCACUCGCCCACCGGCAACGGCGGCUGCGCGGGCGACGGCGCCGCCGACCAGCCGUGCACUUGCUGCUACUGUACAGUGUUCGGGCACGCGCCUCCACUAACCACGCCUGUGCCGAGGAAUUUUAACGAGACGCGCGAAAGACUGCGUUCAAUACUCAACAAGAAGAAGCAGCAGUGUAAGACCAAUGGCGAGCAAGAGACCCCAGAGAAGAAACAAGCGGCGGUCCAGACGCAGCCUGCGGACCAGCCCAAGCAGAGCAAGCCUCCGCAGCCGACGCCCAAGCCUCCCGCCCUACCAAAGACACUGCCGCCGAAUCUGACAUCGGCGCAAGCGCAGCAAAGGCGACAGUCCAUAGACAACCAGCAGAAGCAGCUCACAGACAAGAUGGCCAAGAUGGUGGUCACCGAGAAACCGGAAAAUAAAGCUAAGACGCUACAAAGCACUGUCCCGAUACAAGUGAACGUGCCGCCCACUGUGAAUCCGGACAAUAAGGCGAGCCAGCAAACCGUCGAGCAAAUACGACUGCAGCAAAUAAAACAACAACAACAGCAGCAGCAACAGCAGCUCCAACAACAGUUGCAACAACAAACCGCGCAACAACAGAAAAAACCUGAGCCCAUAUACGACUUACCGAUACACAAGAAGCCGACACUGACGCAACAACAACAACAGCAAAUGAGAGAACAACAGGUUAGAAAUAAUUUACAACAGAAGAAUGAGCCGACAUACGAUUUGCCUGUGCACAACAAGCCGACACUAACCGCGGAACAACAACAGCUCAUAAAACUAAAACAACAACAGUUACAACAGCAGCAGCAACAACUUCAACAGUUGCAACAACAACAACAACAACAGCAACAACAGUUGCAGCAACAACAACAGUUACAGCAACAACAGCAACAAAGACAAAGUAGACCACAACAACAGAGAAAUGCGAUGUCACUGUCGAGUAGAGACUCCAGUGUUUAUUCUACGUCCUCUGGGUGUUCUGGCGGAUCGUGUUGGCGCGGCGGUGGUGGAGGCGGCGGCGGACGGGGGUGUCCGCGGACGGCCGACCCGCGCGACCUGGACGCCUUACUGCAGUACAUCGAGGGGCCCGCGCGACACGUCGACCGCGGCAAAAAGCGAGCGAAAAAACUGCGACAGAAGGGCAAACGGAUGGAGAUGCGGCUGGUGGAGGAGCGCGCGGCGCUGGAGGCGGAGCUGGCGCGGGUGCGGAGGGACGUGGCGGCGCUGCAGGCCGCGCUCGCCACGCAGCUCGCCACCAAGCGGCGGCUGCACGACGCGCGCCUCGCGCACCACCAGCCCUGCAAGAAGAAGGGAAAGAGACAAAAGAUGACCCCAGCUCAGGAGGCGAAAAUGGUUGUGAUGGCGGAGAAAAUAGGCGGUCUGUCUGCCCUUAUCAACAAUACUGUCGAGGAGAUCGAAUUAGCUGAUCAAUUAGUGGAAGAAUGGACCAAGCGAUUGGAGCAAUGCGACCAACAGUUGGCGGAGGCGCGGGCGCUGCAGGCCGAACCGGAAACAAGACAACAAAAGGAACAACAUUUACAACAACAACAGAUGAAGGAACAACAACAAAUCAAGGAGCAACAAUUGCAGAAACAACAUUUAGAGCACGCGGCUAUGAUGCAGAAACAACAGUUGCAACAACAGCAACAGUUACAACAGCAACAGUUGCAACAGCAACAGUUGCAGCAGCAACGACAGAUGCACCUGCUGGACAAGGACAAACAGAAGCAGGCGACGUUUAUUAGCGCGGCGGACGGGUCGGGCAUGGUGUGCGUGCGGCGGUCGGCCGGCGACGGCGCCGUCACGCUGUCGCUGCCCGGCCAGCGCAACCACGCGCCGCUCGCGCAUCUCCUGCAAGAGUUGAACAUUCGCGAGGAGAAGCAACCGGCGCAGAAACCUGCUGAGAACCAGCGCAAGCAGACCUGGGAGCAGGCGUUGGCUCAUAUCAAUCAGCUCGCCAAGGGGUCCAAUAAAGAGAAGAAGAAGCAGAAAGAAGUGCAACAGAAGGUCGAAACAAAAGUCAAAGAACAGCAGAAGAGUCAGCCGCCGCCGGCCGCCGAGCCCGUCCAGCAGCUGUCCAAGAAACAGAGGAAGCUGUUGGCCAAACAGCAGGCGGAAGAAGAAGAAAGAAAGAGACAACAACGGGAAGCCAAAAGUAAGAAGGACGCCAAGAAACAGCCGGAGCCGCCCAAACCAGAGCCCGCCAAGAAGGCGGACAAGAAGGUGGACAAUAAAAAGGAACCGCCCAAGAAGGAGGACAAGAAGGAGAACAAGAAACAAGAGAAGGAACAGAAGAAAGGGAAGGAGAAUAAACAGGAGAAGAACGUUCCAGUACCGGCGGCCACAAAACAAAACAAGCAGACCCAACAACAAAACAACAAGAAAGAGAAGAAGAAAGAACAACAACAACAGAAACCGCAAGUGAUCAACAUCACGCCGGACACGACCAUCGAGGUGGUCAGCAAAAAGAACCAAUCCAACCACGAGCCUGAGAAGCCACCGUCGUGCAGCAUCAUGGAACAGCUCAGCUGCGGUGUUCAGGUGGCUGACUUGAAACUGCCGCCCGGUAUCACGCUGACCCGAGUGCAGCCCGCCGAGAAGAAAGACCCGCCCUCCAUCAAGUCGGUGCCACUGUGGCGCUGCAGCCAGCUGGCGGCGACCCCGACGCCGGUGGCGCGGCCGCCGCCCGUCAUCAACGCGGACCCCGCCAUGAUGAUGUUCACCGCCGCGCAACCCGAACCACCCAAAACAAUAGUGAUCCCUGAACCACAACCGGCGGCGACGGGGAAAUCGAAGAAAGCGAAGAAGAAGGCGAAAAAGGCCGCCGCCGCUGCCGAAGAACCGAAACAGGACACCAAAAUGGUCACGCUACGCAACCCCAUGUUCCACCCGAACCUCCCACCGGUACAGAUCACCAACGCCCCAGCACAGAAGAAGGCGGAGAUUCGAAUCCCCGACCCUAUACCUAUGCCACCAAAUGCAUGCCAAGCCACCAUAACGCCCACCUCCAACGGAAUGUACACCAUAAGGAACCCAUUGAUGUCGAUCAUGCAUCAGCAAAGCCUCAUGGGUAUGCGACCGCAAACGCCAAACAUGUACCAGCCCCAAUACAACUAUGUGAAUCCAAACUAUCCCAUGCAACAAACUUACGUAGAUCAAAGAUCGUCACCGAAAAAUCAAGAGAAUGACUUCCAAAACCGUAUAAUGAAUCUGGCAUCGUUCACGCAGAAGAACGAAGAGGGAUACUCUUUGUUCAAGACCACGGAGGAGAACCAGCAACGGAGCUUCCUAACGCCAGAGUACUAUGUCGACAGCCAGAGUCCUAAACCGACCGUGUCACCGAACCCUAUAGGCACGAGACCGAACAACGAGAACAGGUUCGAGUCGAACGAUUCGUUAUUCGCAAACCCAAUACAAAGACCCGAGCCCAUUGGCACUCCGUUGAAACGUGACGACAACGACUUCAGUGGCGGUCUGUACACACCGUUCGGACAGGAGAACAGGAACGUGUUCAGGAACGCGCUGUUCAAUGACAAGAACGAUGUUGGAUCAAACGUUGGGAAGGUGGACGAUGUUGGCGCCAGCCAUAUGGCCAACGGUGAUCCUCUGCCAUACUUCCAGAGGCUACGAGUUGGCUCCAAACUGAACAAUGAAGUGACUAUACAUCACGUCACAGAUUCGAAAUUUUACAAGGGACACGAAUCGGAGGCGCAGUACAGCGGCGCGUGGCCGGACGCGCUGUACUCGCACACGAGCCAGCCGUCGCUGCAGCCGGUGCAGCUGCACCAGCCGCUGCAGUCGAUGGGCCCGCUGCACACCAUGCACCACGUGCCGCGGCCUCACGCACACGGGUCCGGCACCGGCUCGCCGACCGGCGACUCCUCCAACACGUCCGGAAUAUCCGGUAUGUCCGGCUUAACCGGAGCGUCCGGGUCCGGGGCGUCGCUGGACGACGACAGCGGCUUCGGCGCCGUCGGCACCCGACACCCUCAGGGGCGGCAUCACGAGUCGAGCGUCUUCCUACCGGACCGUAGCAUCACAAAUCUAUCCACACUGGAGCUCUCCGAGCGAGAGAUCGAAUCCUUCAAGAGGUUCGACUUCUACUUCGAACCGCCACAGCACAAGCCCAAAGUACAAUUUGAUGUCAAGGACAUAGCAGCAGCUCUCAAGCAGAACCAGAAGUAAACGUGCCCUUUACUCGCGCCCGUUAUUUAUAAUAAAUCUACUUAAAUAUACUUUUAAACAAUUUGUAAUGCAAUCCGCCAUCUUGUGGCUGCGGCCAUUUAGAAGUUAUGUCAUUUAUUGUUAUCCACUCUUCAGGCUCUCAUUUGAUACCUAUAUUAUGCAUAAGUUGUAUUUAACAACAAGCUUUUACAAUACAAUCCGCCAUCUUGUGGCUGCGGCCAUUUUGAAGUUAUGUCAUUUAUUGUUAUCCACUCUUCAGGCUCUCAUUUGAUACCUAUAUUAUGCAUAAUAAGCCGUAUUUAACAACAAGCUUUUACAAUACAAUCCGCCAUCUUGUAGCUGCGGCCAUUUUGAAGUUAUGUCAUUUAGUGUUAUCCACUCUUCAAACUCUCAUUUGAUACCUAUAUUAUGCAUAAUAAGUCGUAUUUAACAACAAGCUUUUACAAUACAAUCCGCCAUCUUGUGGCUGCGGCCAUUUUGAAAUAUCAAUUAUUUUACCAUUACCAAUUUAUUAUUGUUUAAUCUUUUUUAUUCUAUACCCAUAACGACAGGGCUGUCAAAAUGUCCGCCAUCUUGAGGCGGCGGCCAUUUUGUUAAUAUUGCAAUGGGUAUUGUGCUUUUUACUUUUACCAGAACUAGUAAAAACUGCAAACUCGCUCAGGAUGAACUGGUUCUUGCAAAUUUUGAUCUAAACGAAUUAACAAACGUUGUAAGUUUAACGAAAACUUUUAAAAACAAACAUCUACAAACUUUAUAUUAUUUAUUAAACUUUUUUUUGUUAAAUUCUUUCAAAUUGAGUAUUCAAUGCAAAUAUAAAUAAAUAUUAUAGCUGAAAUAGAUUUUUAAAAGUGAGUCAUGUCCAUCUUUAAAUUAUUUAACGUAGAAUCUAACAAAAAUUCAAAUACAUACAACGUAAAGGCGGAUUUAACACCAUAUGGCGUUGUAUACCAUACAAUACUUUAACAUCAAUACGUCAAUCCUCACAUGAACCUAUUUUGCUAUUGAAUUGUUUUCUCUCUUUCUGUUAUACUAAAGUUCUCAGUUCGAAUGAAAGUGUUAAUAAGUAGUUAAAGAAGAUUUGUAGAAAGUUUUACUUUUUAUGAAUAAGAGGGUUUAGUAUCCAUCCAUCCACAGAUAAAUAUACUAUUUGUUUUUAAUCGAAAUGUGCAGUGCAACUAAUAGAAAAAAAACUUACCUCGUAAGAGCUCGAGAAACCAGGUUUCAUACUUUAUUUAUGUACAAUUUUCUAAAAAACGAUUGUUGAAAAAAGCAGUUCGAGUUACCACAUGGUUUCCAGUGGUAUAUCGUCCGCUUUUAUUUAAGCUUUACUCAUAUUUCGGUAGAUGGCGUUAACAUUAAUUUUCAUCGAGAUGUAAGAUCUUAUGCUGGUUUCUUGUGCUCUUUAAAAUUGUUGCAUUUUUUUAUUUCAGUUUGAGACAUAAUCUGUUAUCUAUUAAACUUUGCAACUAUGCAAAAUACACAAAUUGCGUUCACAAAAUAUGUAUAAUAAUAGUUAAAUAUUGUGUUAAAAAUUGUAUCAUUUAAAGUUCAGUUAGUCGAUUACGUAGACACUUAAUGUAGUGCUGUGUUAUACGGAAUGAUAGCAAAAUUCUUAGGAACCUAUUAAUUCUUUCAGUAAAAUUGAACAUUUAUCUCAAAAAAAAUGUAAUUAUUAAACAAACGAUAUAUAUUAAGUACAUAUUGAUACGGCGCGUGCAGCUGUGCAUGUUGCUUUGGGAAACAUGUUUACAUCAAAUUAUUUUGGUAUUUCUUAUAUACAUACAUGUCUGUCAAGCCUGUCUCCUAUUAGGGUAGGCAGAAAUGGAACGCCAAAUGAUUCAAACAGAUGUAUUUCGCUUCCUCCAUAUUUAUCAGUCUUAUCAUACCCGUGGUAUUUUUUUUUUAUCUAAUUUCAUACAUUUGUUUUUCUGUUACCUUUAAAAGCUAAAGUUUGAAUAGGUAUAUAUACUAUCCUUUAUAUUAGUUAUAUUUUUAAAUUGUAUGUAUCCAAAAUAUAUUUUUUAUUCCUAAUCUAUUUUUCUUACACUCAAUAUUAAAAUAAAAAUAGCGAAAGCGACAACAGGUAGCGUUGAUAAAAAUACACUGCGUCUACCAUUAUUUGUUUAAGGUAUACUGUGCCAUUAUCUUUUUAUAUGCUCUUUAGUUAUAAACUAUAAAAACUGUUUAAAAUAUCAAUGUAUUACAAUUUUGUAUUCUAUAUAGCUUUAAACAGUUCUAAUUUUUUUUUAAUUGUUUUCGGAGAUCUAAAAUUGUAAAAUUUAACCACAUUUUUUUUUAUUUGCGGUAGUUUGUGGAGAUUGUAUGUGCGAUACUAUGUGUCAACUCAUCCCAUUUAGACUUCUACAUUUGUUACUUUAUUAUGUAAUUAUCGAUUUUUUUUUUAAUACUAAUUCAUAAUCUUUACAUAAAAAUGAUUCAAAUAAAUAUUUAGUAUAAGGAAAAUUGAACUAUAAUAAUGCGAAAAGUUCACAAAGUCUAGACAAAAAACGGACGAGGGUUUCCUGAAUGUACAGCCUGUGGGUUGAGUUAAAUCCUUUACUGUGUAAGAAUCAUUUUGUGACCGCGAGACGAGGCGCUUUGACAGCGUAAAUCUCCCGUCCUUUGACGAAAUAAUAUUUGACUUUGUAAUAAGACGAUAAAGUGAGAAAAUACGGUACUGGCACGGAUAUAUUUGUCAUUUUAUAUUGGACAUAUAAAUUUAAAAAAUAUAAAACAUAUACCGGGGCGACUCAUCCGGAUAUUGGCGAAUAUAUCCGUCAAUACCGAAAUAUUAUAUUUAGACUUGUACACACGGAUCUAACAAUGGUAACAUGGACGAGAAGAAAAGAACUGCACCAUCAAUGGUACUAAUUUAUUAUAAGCCUAAUGUGUACUCAAGUACACAUUAGGCUUAUAAUAAGUCGGCCAUCUUGUGCAAUGGUAGAGGCGUGUGUUGGUUAGUUUACGAAUUUUGUGAUGUGAUUUUAUUCACUUUUUUGUUAGGAGCCGCUGAGUUUUUUUGUUUUCGUCCGUGAAAUAUUAUAUCAAAUGAUAAUGUACAUGAUAUAUGUUAUCAAUCUUGUGGAUUUCUAUUAAAUAUCCGUUGAACGGAUUUUAAUCUAUAAGUAGACAAAACGGAUGUGUGUUUAUCCGUAAAAUGGAAAUUUGAAUGUGGAAUUUUCGGGUAUUUUAAGUAAUAUCCGACAAACCGAUAUAUCCGUGGGUCGACUCAUCCGGAUAUGCCGGUAUCGGAUGAUAUCUGUAAGCGCCACUUUGUCUAUAGUACCUAUACGUAUCCGUGUAACAGGACAGUAAGUUUAUAAAGCUGGUAUUGUGUACGCUAAUGGUUGUACGAUAUUUUUAUUAUAAGUAAAGUGUAUAUUAUAGCCGA